CUUAAAAUCCCCAGAAGAAACAAUUAACGGAAAGCUGUGGAUUGUUUUGUGCACACAGAGGUGAACCACAAAUGAGGUGGCACAGCAGAGCAGGGCUGACUGUGCACGGGCCGCUAGAUGGCAGCCAGGAACAGCUGCAUCACAGCCCACCGGGAACAGGCUAGGAAAGCACUGUGUGCAAAGCCCCGAAGAGAGUUGCUGGCUCCCUAGAACGGCCGCUCUGCCCUCUAUGGCCGGUCCAAGGCAGGGCCAGGGCUCUGAGUUCUGCCCUGUCUCCAGGCCACCAACAACACAGCUUUGUGCCACCUGAGAGCAAUACUUUACCGGGGCAGACAUCUAGGAUCUGACCCUGAUGGCCUUGAGCAAGAUGGAGGGUCUGGAACACGACGAAGGUGAGCGCUUGGCUGUGGACUACGUGGAGGGGAUUCUGCAGCCCACGCCCACCUGUGACACCUGGGAGCAGAUCUGGAACUUCCAAGCCCGUCCUGACGAUCUGCUCAUCGCUACCUAUCCGAAAGCAGGAACAACCUGGGUGCAGGAGAUCGUGGACUUUAUACAAAGUGAGGGUGAUGCUGACAGAUGCCAUCGAGCACCCAUCCAUGAUCGAUUUCCCUUCAUCGAGUGGAAAAUCCCAUUCCUGGAAUCUGGCUUGGAACAAGCAGAAGCAAUGCCCUCCCCACGGACCCUGAAGACGCACCUCCCCAUAGGCUUGCUCCCCCCAUCCUUCCUGGAGAAAAACUGUAAGAUAAUCUACGUGGCAAGAAACCCCAAGGACAACAUGGUGUCUUAUUACCAUUUCCAUCGGAUGAAUAAGGCUCUUCCUGCUCCAGGAACCUGGGAAGAGUAUUUUGAGAGUUUUCUGGCUGGGAAAGUGUGCUGGGGCUCCUGGUACGACCACGUGAGGGGCUGGUGGGACGCCAAGGACCAGCACCGCAUCCUCUACCUCUUCUAUGAGGACAUGAAGGAGAACCCAAAGCGUGAAAUCCAGAAGCUGGCAGAAUUUGUUGGAAAGAGUCUAGAUGAUGAAAUUCUGGAUAAAAUCAUCCAUCACACUUCAUUUGACGUCAUGAAGCAGAACCCAAUGGCAAACUACUCGUCAGUUCCGGCUACAUUCAUGAACCACUCUAUUUCUCCAUUCAUGAGAAAAGGGACCGUGGGAGAUUGGAAGAAUCACUUCACUGUGGCCCAGAAUGAGCGGUUUGACGAAGACUACAGGAAGAGAAUGGCCGACACCACGCUGACCUUCCACUUCCAACUGAAAAAGAGCCAGAUUCAACCGGUGUAAACAUUGAUGCCUCAGACCACAGGACAGUGGCUUUGUGGGGUCAGAGUCAUGCUUCUUGUGAUGGAGCGGGGGUCAAGGACAGGUGGGAGGGACCUUACAAUCACAUAGUUAAGCUUUCCACAGAUCAUGUGCUCAUUAACAUAAAAAUGCUUCCAUCCUCACAUAAGAAUACACUAAAGUUUGCAGAGUAAGGGUUGGCUCAAGCUUUUUUAAAAUGCAGAACUAAAAUGUGUAGAUAAUUAGUAUUUCUUCCAGCAAUAUCUUGGCAGCCAAGUAACUACCGAGUGACUCUGUUUCCCCAUAGAACUUUCGAACCACUCCAGGCUCCUAACUGUGUGCUUCAUCCCCAUCUCUCAUCACAGCCUCUGGACCUAACUGGACUCAUUACCUCUUCCCCCCCCCCGCCCCCCACCCCGCCACCCACCUUGCCCCGGCCAAGGCUACAAUACAUCCUGGAGUCACAUCAAGACUCAGCUCCCUCCCGCGACUCUGCAAUCAUACUCUAAUCCAUCAGUGAUAUCUGUCCAUUUUACUUCCAGGAAGUCUCAUUUCUACAGCCAUCCUUCUGGUUCAGAAGCCUUUCCCUGGUGCCCAAAAACUACCUAACUCAUUCUCCAUUCAUCGGACAUCCCCCAAGGUUAUUUUCCCCAGACAAGACUCAUUAUAUUUCUCUUUAGCUCAGGGUCCUUCAAUGAUUCAGAAUGUUCACUGCCUGGAAGAGAAAUCCCACGCUUUUUAGCCAUCAAUUCAAAGGCAGCGACAGCCAUACAGCAUGGUCGAUUCUAUCUACUUUCCAGCUGGAUUUCAUCCCACCAGGCACCUCCAGACUCUGGCACAUGGAGCCACUCACUGGUCCCAAGCACAUCUUGCAGGUUCCCAGCCUCGUAGUUUUAUUUUCACCCUACCAUUUUUUUUUCCUCUCUCUUUUUAGGGCUGCACCCACGGCAUAUGGAAGUUCCUAGG